AUGGCCGUUCAGCCCAUUCGGCGUCUUUUGAUUGCCAACAGAGGCGAGAUUGCCGUCCGAAUCAUCCAAGCUGCGCGCGAAUUCUCUCCAUCCAUCGAGACAUUCGCUCUCUAUACGGAAGAUGAUCGCUCUCAUUGCGAUAUUGCUGCCCCCAAUCAUGUUGUGCCAUUGCCUUCACCGGCAGCAUAUCUAGAUAUUUCACUUCUCGUCAGGCUGGCCUGCAAACAUGGCAUCGACACAGUUCAUCCGGGCUACGGCUUCCUAAGCGAAAGCGCCGACUUUGCCAGCCGUAUGAAAGAUGCUGACAUUACGGUUAUAGGGCCUGGGGCCGAUAUCUUGCUGCGCACGGGUGAUAAACUGCAGGCAAAACAAUUGGCAGGGCAAUGCAGCGUGCCUGUCUUACCUGCCCUUCCACACGCUACUUCCGACAUGGCAGAGAUCCAGGCCUUCGCAAGCCAAGCCCAUUAUCCCGUUAUGAUCAAGGCAGUGGAUGGCGGUGGAGGACGAGGGAUUCGGUUAGUGCGUCAAGAGAGUGAACUGGAGAACGCCGUUCGCGGAGCCACGAAGGAAUCGCCGUCCCAAACAGUCUUUGUGGAAAAGGCCGCCGUCGACGGGUUUCAUCACAUUGAGGUGCAAGUAAUUGGCGAUGGUACUGACGUCCGCCAUUUAUGGGAGCGCGACUGUAGCGUACAGCGUCGCUUCCAGAAGAGCGUCGAAAUCGCCCCGUCGUUGAUCUCGAAUCGAGAAUUUCUUCAGCAGGUCAUCGACGCAGCAUUGCGCAUCGCAAAGACCAUCGGCUAUCGAUCUCUUGGGACGGUUGAAUUUCUGGUCCACGAACAGCGCAGUGAAUUUUACUUCCUUGAGAUCAACCCCCGUCUACAGGUGGAGCACACCAUCACCGAGGCUAUCACCGGGUUUGAUUUAGUGCAGGCUCAGUUACAACUCGCUCAAGGGCGUUCCCUUGUCGAGAUUGGCCUGGAGACCAAUCCUUCGACGCCGAAACACACGCAUUCCAUCCAACUGCGACUGUGUGCCGAGGACGUUCGCAGGGGAUUUUCCCUCGGUAUGGGCAAGAUCACCGAGUUUCUUGUGCCUACUGGACAUGGCGUCCGUGUCGAUACGCAUGUAGACAUGACUGGAUCGAGCCCGGUGGUUGUGGGUGCGCAUUUCGAUAACCUCCUCGCCAAGAUCAUCGUCACCGCGUUCAGCUGGGAGGCAGCAGUUGCGAAGGCUCGCCGAGUGUUGGCCGACACAAGGGUUUCCGGCGUACAAACAAACCUUGACCUAUUGCGAGGAGUCGUGGAGCACGGCGACUUUCCAGCAGGCAAUAUUGAUACGCAGUGGCUCGAAAGACAGCUCCACCCAGCUCUUGAACUGGGGCAAAACAUAUCCCACACAAUCAGCCGUGGAACCUCUCAACCAUCAUCGUCACUGUCUACUGCGGGCUCUUUCGUUCCCACUUCGACCCCGCUAUUCCGACGCGGAGAUGCCUGGUCUCUUGUCCUCGAGCCUCUGAACCGGAGUGUCGAACAGAAAGAGCAGCAGCAUCUUCGACUCACUCGCGUUCUCCAGAAUGAGUUUCCCACCUCCAUGGCUGCGGAGGUCGAGUACACAACGGCAUCCUCGGUCGCGGCCUACCGACUCCAACUUAAUGCGACCUCCACGGCAGCGUCGGCCUUGGUGUCGUCUCAUCGACGCGGAGACACGCAAAACCCGCGACACAUUGUGCUGCCGUUGUCAGGGAAACUGAUCGAGGUGCUGGUUGAGCCUGGACAGAUAAUUGCCGAAAAUCAGGUCGUAGCCUUUGUCAAGCAGAUGAAAAUGGAGCUCGAAGUACGCAGUCCGCGAACGGGGCGAGCCCGAUGGGUUCAUGAGAUGGAAGACGAGGAAGAAGAUGUGGCGGAGGGGAUGUUGCUGGUAGAGUUGGAGGACGAGGAGUUGCGGGGAAAGUUGUAG